AUGGAGAUUGAUAUUGCUCCUGAACAGGAAUCAAAUCGUGAACAACGUUUAGAAAAGAUUCGAUUUACCGAACAAAUCGAUAUGAAAUUCGGUUUUGUUCGUUAUAUAGAUGCAGAAAAACGAUACGCUUGGCUUCUUAACGUUGAGUCGUCUGAAAUGGUUGAUCGAGAAACGAAAACGAUCAUUGCUGUAUGUGAUUUUUAUUUUAUUGAACAGAACGGACGGCGAUUUAAGAUAUCUUAUCCGUUCCGACCCUAUUUAUAUUUGGCGACUUUGCCUUCAUUUGAACAUCAUAUAUCUUCAUAUCUAAAUAAAAAAUUUAGUGGCAUAAUAACAUGUGAGAUCGUGGAAAAAGAAGAUUUAGACCUCAAAAAUCAUUUAUCUGGCUUGAAGCAGAAAUAUUUGAGAAUAACAUUUCCGAGUUUGAAUGAGCUUAUAAAAUUCAAAAAAGAAUAUAAUCCGAUAAUAAAAAGAAAUCAAGAACGACAAAAAAAUGUCUCCUCAUAUACAGCGCUUUUAUCAAAACAUUUUGGUAUUGGUCGACCGGAAUUAGCUGAUAGUGAAACAUUGGAAAAAAUAAUUGAUAUACGAGAACAUGAUUUACCGUAUCAAAUGCGUGUCUGUAUUGAUGAAAAAAUAUUUGUUGGGCAGUGGUAUGAAGUGGUUGGUAGAAAUAUAAAUCGACGUCCUUCUAUCAUUCCUUAUCCAUCACUUAUAGAUCAACCUGAUUUAAGAAUUCUCGCUUACGAUAUUGAAGUAACCAAAUUGCCUCUAAAAUUUCCUGAUAGUUCUGUUGAUGAGAUUAUGAUGGUGUCAUAUAUGAUUUCCGGGCAAGGCUAUUUAAUCGUAAAUAGGCAGAUUGUUUCCGCAGAUGUGGAAGACUUCGAAUAUACGCCGAGACCAGAAUAUAAUGGACCUUUUCAUGUUUUUAAUGUUGCUAACGAAAAAGAAUUGAUCAAAUGUUUUUUUGAUCAUAUCAUCCAGACGCAACCUUCUGUCUUUGUCACUUAUAAUGGUGAUUCUUUUGAUUGGCCAUUUCUAGAAGACAGAGCAACAUUUCAUGGUUUUGACAUGCGAAAUGAAAUUGGAUUUUAUAAAAAUUCUGCUGGCGAAUAUAAGAGUACGAAUGCUGUCCAUAUGGAUGCAUUCAUUGGAAGUCAUAAUUUGAAGGCAUGUACGAAGGCAAAACUCAGUUAUGAUCCGUUGGAACUUGAUCCUGAACAAAUGUGCAUUAUGGCAAAACAGCAACCUCAAAUAUUGGCUAACUAUUCAGUAUCUGAUGCUGUUGCAACAUACUAUUUAUAUAUGAAAUAUGUUCAUCCUUUCAUUUUUGCUUUAUGCACAAUCAUACCUUUGAGUCCAGAUGAAGUUCUUCGAAAAGGAUCUGGAACACUCUGUGAAGCGCUUUUAUUGGUCAGAGCCUAUUGUAACAAUAUAAUAUUCCCUAAUAAGCAACUUUACCAGACCAGUAAAUUGACAUCAGAUGGUCAUAUUACUCAAAGUGAAACUUAUGUUGGUGGACAUGUGGAGGCAUUGGAAUCUGGUGUAUUUCGCGCUGAUAUACCUGAAAAAUUUCGUGUUAAUCCCGCUACGAUUUACGAACUUAAAAAGGAUGUUAAAAGAGCUUUACACGAUACGUUAGCAUUAGAGUUACACAUAAACGUGGAAGACGUGAUGAAUUUUGAUGAAGUCUGUGAAAAUGUCGAAAAUUGUUUGGAUGAUUUUAUAAAUCGCCCAAUGCGACUUGAAAAACCGAAAAUUUAUCAUCUUGAUGUUGGAGCAAUGUAUCCGAACAUUAUUCUUACAAAUCGCCUUCAGCCAUCAGCCGUAGUCACUGAAGAGGACUGCAUCGCUUGCGCGUAUAAUAAAUCAGAUGCGAAGUGCAAACGAACAAUGCAGUGGGAAUGGCGUGGAGAAAUAUUAACUGCAACCCGAGGUGAAUACGAAAGGAUAAUGCAACAGUUAGAAAAUGAAAAAUUUGGCAAACCACCGAAGCCGUUUCAUUUACUUGAUCGUGAGCAAAGGGCUAAAAUUGAAAAACAACGAAUUCAAGAUUUUUGUAAACGAGCUUAUGGAAAAAUACAUAUGACUAGGACAGAAAAUCGUUAUUCAACCAUAUGCCAACGUGAAAAUGCGUUUUAUGUUGAUACCGUAAAAGCGUUUCGCGAUUUGCGAUAUGAAUACAAAGCAUUGCUCAAGAAGGCUAAAAUAGCAUUAAGUGAAAUACCUGAGGAUGAUAUAGCUGCAGUGAAGAGUGCCCGUAAUCGUGUUAUUCUUUAUGAAAGCCUUCAGAUUGCAUACAAAUGUAUUUUGAAUUCAUUCUACGGAUAUGUUAUGCGCAAAGGGUCGCGAUGGUUUUCUAUGGAAAUGGCUGGAAUUGUUUGCCAUACCGGCGCCAAUAUUAUCACAGAGGCGCGUAAGUUAGUCGAACGGAUUGGAAAAGCGCUAGAAUUGGAUACUGAUGGAAUUUGGUGCCUAAUUCCAGAAUCUUUCCCGGAAAAUCUAUCCUUCACAUUAAAAACAAAUCAGAAAUUGGUAACAAUAUCUUAUCCUGGAGCGAUAUUAAAUGCAUUGAUUCGUGGUAAAUUUGCGAAUAAUCAAUAUCAUGAAAUAAAACCUGAUGGUGAAUGCAUUAUUACUACACAAAAUUCUAUAUUUUUCGAAGUUGAUGGUCCUUAUUUAGCUAUGAUUUUGCCUGCUUCUAGAGAAGAAGGAAAACGUCUCAAGAAAAGGUAUGCCGUAUUCAAUUUCGAUGGAUCAUUGGCAGAGUUGAAGGGUUUUGAAGUUAAACGUCGUGGAGAAUUAGCAUUAAUAAAAUAUUUCCAAUCGACUGUAUUUAAAGCAUUUCUUGCUGGGAAAAGCCUUCAAGAAGCCUAUGAAAGUGCUGCAGCAGAAGCUAAUUAUUGGUUAGAUGUGCUCUUUUCGAAGGGUUUGGAUCUACCUGAUUCGGAAUUAUUUGAUUUAAUAUCUGAAAAUAGAAGUAUGUCCAAGAAACUGGAUGAUUAUGGGAAUCAAAAAUCGACUUCUAUUUCCACGGCUAAGAGGCUGGCAGAGUUUUUGGGUGAUGAUAUGGUAAAAGAUGCUGGAUUAGCGUGCAAAUUUAUAAUAUCGAGAAAGCCGAUUGGUGCACCGGUCGCUGAACGUGCAAUCCCACUUGCAAUAUUUCAAGCAUCUGAAUCUAUAAGUGUUCAUUAUUUGCGUAAAUGGACAAAAGAUUCUGAGAUCUCGAUUGAUAAUUUAAAUAUACGCAAUAUAAUCGAUUGGGAUUAUUAUAUUGAAAGAUUUGGUGGAACGGUUCAAAAGAUAAUUACUAUUCCAGCUGCUCUUCAAAAUAUUCCAAAUCCUGUUCCGCGAAUCGCUCAUCCGGAAUGGCUAGAAAAUCGUUGUCGAGUGCGGCAAAGUGAUUGCAAACAAAGGAAAAUAACUGAACUAUUCAAAAGGACACCAAAAGAUAUAGAGGAUUCUGCCAAAAGUUCUGUUGGGAAUAAUUCUAAUGAAAAUCUCGAGUCUGCAAAUAGCGUUUCUACAUUCAAUGAGUGGAAGAAAGAAAAAGAAGAGAGAAAACGUUCUACUUACGUUACUAAGUCGACACAUGGUAUGCAGUCUGUGCUUCUAAAUUAUCGUCGUACAGUGCUUAGCUCGAUUUGGCAAAUCAUAAGGAUUUCAGCUUCAGAUGAUAAAAAUUCUCUUAAUUUAUGGUGUCUUAUCAGUGGUAAAAUGCAGAUGAUGAAAGUAAAUAUUCCACGAAUAUUUUAUGUAAAUGAUCAUGAACGGCAGGAUACGAGAGGUGUAUUGGUCAAACGUAUUUUACCAAGAAUGAGGCCAUCACUGAAUCUAUACAAAUAUUCUGUCGAUGAAGAACUUUUCGAAUCUAGUAUCAAUGAAAUUAACCGAGAAUUAUGUGCUAUGCGUGUAGAAGGAAUAUACGAAUCUCAAGUGCCAAGAAAAUUUCGAGCUUUGCUUCACUUUGGUUGCUGUUGCAAGACCAAUUCAACUUCAUUAAAUUCAUUGUCAUUGGAAGAUUUAGAACGAGUGGUGGAUGCAGAAUAUCUUCCUGAAAGAAGCAUUCGAAGCAUCUUCUAUUACGAACAUCGACAGGAUAAUCGAUGUGUAAUUGGAGUUUUCAAUGUAGCAGCCAGCAAGGCCCUCAUUGCGAUCGUUGAUAAAGCAGGGAAGUUAGAAAGUGUUCCUAAUGUUGGCAUUUUAUACGGAGCUGAAAAAGCUCGCUUAGAGAGUGAUACAAAUUAUUCGUUAUUAUAUAAAGAGGAUGUAAAAUUUGAUGUUGAACUAUUUGCUUCCCUGAAAGAUGCUCAUCGCGCAGUCAAUAAGUAUUUAGCCGAUAUACGAGCUACCGAUUUUUCUCCGUUUUUUGUCGCUGUUCAGUCUAAUCAGUCAUUCACUACUUUAAUACGUUCAGUAAUUAAAUUGAAUGAAUUUCCUCUCGUACGAAUCCAUUUCAAGGAACCGCCUGGACUUUUUAAUGUUCUUGACUGGCGGCGAGUUAUUUCGAAACGUAUUAUCCAGCAUUAUUUUAACGCCUUUAUCUAUCUUCAGGAUUUUGUGGAAUUGAGUCGUUAUUUACAUAUACCACUCGGUAAUAUCCCUGAGGAUCUUUCGCUUUUCGUUGCUGAUUUAUUUUUUUCGCGUAAUCUUCUUAAUCAUAAUUAUGUGCUUUGGGCAUCUCCAACUGAUCGUCCUGAUCUCGGUGGUAAGGAAUUGGAUGAUGGUAGAAUUGGUACGGACUGGCAAACAAUGAGUAUUUCAGAUCAUCCUCAUGCGAUUAUAAAUCAUGAAAGCUUUGAAACAAGUAUAUGCGUUGAACUGGAGUUGGGUGCUGUCGCUGUUACAGCUUUGGUGCAAGCAAGUCGCAUAGCAGAAGCUGAAGGUGGAACAGAUUCUGUUGGAUUCAUAUCGGGCUCAAUCCUUGAAACAGAUUCAUUGUUUGGACGUUCAAAGAACAUUGCGCUCUAUGAUGAAGCUGCUUCUGUAUCGGGUUGCUUAAAGGUGUUGCGGCUAAUGCUGCAAGAAUGCAUUAAAGAUAUUUAUUUACACAAGAACAAAGUCGCCGAUCAGCUUAUUGUUAAUAUUAAUCGAUGGAUACGAUCACCACAGUCGCUCUUGUAUGAUCCAGCGAUCACUCGCGUAGUCGAUGUUUUAAUUACCAAAUUGUGCCUUUUGCUUGUUGCAGAAAUAACACGUUUAGGUGGUCGCGUAAUCUAUGCUUCAAGUUCACGCAUUGUUGUCUGUACGCAACGCACUGAUUUAAAACUUGGCCGUGCUUUUGUAGAUACUCUUAUUCAAACUCUAGAAAAAAAUGUUCUUUUUGCUUCACUUUCCAUUAAUCCUAUUAACUAUUGGAAUAUAUUGAUGUGGUCCGAUAUACGAAAUUAUAUUGGAAUUAGCGUUGAUGAAGAAAGUGGAGAAGAACUACCGACUGUGAGAUUAGCCAUGGCAGAAAUUUUUCCAAAAGAUGCUAAUUGUAGUGAAUCAUUUCGUCAGAUACUUGUUGGAUAUUGUGUUCUUACAUUGCGUAAAUUAUCUUCAGUGCUAGUAUCAAUUUUACAAUCUUCAAAACAUGAAAUAACGAUGCCAAAGACUGUAAUGGGUCGAGACGAUUUGAAAAAUGUUGCUCUUCAGUUUUCCAAAGCAAUUAUUCAUUUCAUUUCUCUCGAUUCAGAUGUGUUUGAUGCAAUUAACAAGGUUGAAAGUCAAGUAAUGCGUUUAAUUGGUGUUGAUGCAUCUUCAGAUGAAGCUGUAUGGCGUCCUAUCGGAGUUUCAUGCACUCUUUACCAACUUUAUUGUAACUCAUGCAAUCAGUGUUGUGAUUUAGAAGUAUGUCAAGAAUCUUUCAAUUGCCAAUUCUGUAAAAGUGAAUUUUCAUCCGAAACAGUGGAAUCUCUUUUGGUUAAUCGCGUCAAUCAACUUUUACUUUCGUUUACUCUUCAAGAUUUCAAAUGCAUUCGCUGCAAUUCGGUGAAAAGGGAUUGUUUAACGGAAGUUUGUGAAUGUUCUGGCGAAUACAUUCUGGUUAUUUCCAAAGAUGAUUUAGAAUUUAACAUUCGGGUUUUCGCUCGUAUCGCUGCACAUCACAAACUUACACGCCUCGCAGAAGUAUGUGAAUGGAUUCAGUUAUGA